AUGGAAGACGACCUUCUAGAAGCCUUUACAGAGAUUGUAAUAGGCAACAAAUCUACCUCUUUACUCGGUCCCGUCUUCGAAAAGCUUCAAAAUGGCGAGCAGGAACCCGAGGCUCUUGCUCAGUGCGUUCUUGAUGUUAUAUGGUACAUUGACAGUACCAUUAUUGACGGUGCAAGCGACAAAGCGACUGAAAACGAUUGUCGUCGAAAUCUUAUUAACAUUGUCAAAUAUCUUCACGCAAAUAAUAUCGUCGACACCAAAAGCAUGAAGACGAAAUUAGAUAUUUCCCUCUUAGAAAGUGCCGGUGUAGUAGAAGAGAAAACUUUUGGCCGACGCUGCGUGAGAAUUAACACGGCAAUGUUGUAUAAACAGCAAAAGUAUAAUCUCGCCCGUGAAGAAUCCGAAGGAUACGCAAAAUUAAUAUGUGAAUUAACUAUGGAUUCUGAAGAUAACCCUCAUCAGCAUGAGAUUGGCCUUGCGUGUGCUCUUAUUGAAAUAGGCGAUUUUUACCAUGUACGUUAUGUAUUAUAUCAUCUCCCCGAGAUCGAAGAAUCCAUAGCCAGUUGCUUACGUCAGAUGAUCAAUGUAGCAAUUUAUGAUAUUUACGCACCAAUCGCUCCUCGUUUAGUAAAACGUCUCCAAUCUCCGUCCUUUUUCGGUUCUUGGUACAAACGUUGGCGAGAAGGAAUACCUAUCAUUCAUUCUUUCUCAGAUUUAAUUGAGGGACAAGGACGAUUAUUGUUACUUUUUAUUGGACCAUGGCUUGCUAGAGACCUUAUAUUAUUUACAAAAAUUAUGCGUAUCGCAUAUCACCAUCUAGAGGAAUCGAGAAAUUCUUCGGAUUUUGAAACAGUCAAAAAUAAAUGGCUAGAUAUUGUUCGAUCAACAAUUAUGCCUAGCAUAGCCAUGCCGGAUACUACUUGUGGUGUUAUAGAUGAGUUAUGGAACAUUCUUAAAUUGUUCCCAUAUAAAUUAAGAUUUAAUAUUUAUGCUGAAUGGAAAUUGGCUUAUGACGUCCACAAGCCAUUAAAAGAUCAACAUAAGAAGGUUAGCCAUGAGACAAAAAAAAUUUUAAAAAGAAUUACUGAAGAAAAUUGCCGUGAAAAAGGUCGUGAGCUUGCAAAAAUUUCUCAUGCAAAUCCGACAAUUGUAUUUGAAAUUAUUCUGAAACAAAUUCAAGCGUACGGUAAUAUGAUUAAUUCUCUUGUUGAAGCCUGUAAAUAUUUUACCGCAUUCGAAUAUGAUAUCUUGACGUAUCAGAUGCUGGAAGUCUUUUCUAGUGACAGAGAAAGACUCAAAGAUGAUGGUAUUAAUAUCAGUGAUUGGCUUAAACAUUUAUCUGAAUUUUGUGGAAAUAUGUGCAGAAAAUAUGAAAAAAUGAACCUUUCAAGCAUUCUUUUGUUCAUCAUUUGUAGACUUAAAGACCGCAAUUCUGUAGAUUUAUGCGUUCUUUCUCAACUUAUUACUGCAAUGUCAGGAAUUAAAUAUGAAAUCGUCCCUUCAAAAUAUGACGUGGCUCUCAUGGGUACUGGCGAGCAUUUGCGAAACAUCAAAUUGUUUAAUCGAAACCAGAAGAAUGUUCGUCGUAAUUCUUCAAGGCUGAGUCAAACGCUCGUUGAAGAGGGAUUUGCUGUAAAGAUUGCUGUUUUAAUUGCUCAGUUGGCGCAAAGCAUUCCAUAUGAGGCACUUGGUGAAAGUUCUAAACAUCUUAAAUCUGUUGUCCAUCGUAUGGAUCUUUGCUGUAACACUUACAUCCAAUAUGUUGAUUUUUUGGCAAUAACUAUUGGCAUGGAUGAAUAUACUAAAAUUAUACCAGAUAUUGAAAAUUUGGUUAAAACGUAUCAUUUACAAAUGGAAUAUGCGUUUAUGUUGUUACGGCCAGUAUUGAAUUAUAAGCUGAAACAAUAUACUGACGAAUCAUCAUCAAUGGAUGUUGAUAAUGAAAAAGUAAUAUGGCAACCUCCGUUAUCCAAUAUAAUUGAACAAGUUAAAACCACUCUACCUUCAUAUGUAUGGAACGGAAUUAGUCCACAAUUCUUUAUUACUUUCUGGCAAAUGUCUUUGUACGAUUUAGAGUUUCCGCAAGAAGAAUAUCGAAAGGCUAAAAAUGAAUUAUUAGACUCUGCUAAUGGUGACAAAGUUCGAGAUAAAUCCAAGAUUUUCGAUGCAGCCAGACAAAUAGACAAAGACAUGCGGAAGCAUGAACAACACAUUAAAAAUGUUAAAACCCGAUUAAGAAUCGAGAAAGACCAUUGGUUCUCCGGACAAUUUACUAAUCGUCAAGACAUUAUUACGCAAUUUUGGCAAUAUUGCCUUUUUCCACGGUUAAUCACUAGCGCUGAUAAUGCUGUAUUUUGUGCAAAAUUUAUUGAAACAAUGCAUGAAAUAGGCACUGUUAAUUUUUCAACGCUUACACUAUAUGAUCGGAUUUUUGCGGACCAAGUACAACCUUUGAUAUUUACAUGUUCUGAAUCUGAGGCUCGAAACUAUGGCACUUUUCUUCAAACUAUUUUAGCGUCUCUUAGUAAACUACAUAAAAACCCACAGGAAUAUGAAAAUCGAGGUAAAGGUUCUGGAAUUCCUGGAUUUCAAAUGAAAUGGUCUGCACAUAAUCGCCAACCAGCCAGUAUUUCCGAAAAUGAUUUACUACGAUAUGAAGAGUUUAGGCUUGUAUAUUAUAAAUGGCAUUCAAGGCUUCUUAGGGCUUUUGAGCAAAACCUUCAAUCUAUGGAAUAUUUUUCAGUACGUAAUUCGAUUAUAGCUCUUAAUACAGUAAUAUUGUAUUUCCCAGCUAUCGAUACAUUUGGUAAGAAACUUCAGGAAGAUAUUGAUAAAAUUGUAAAGAACGGAGACCGGAGCGACAUUCGAACUUUGGCCCUAAGCUACUCAGCGAUAUUAAAAGGGAAACAACAAUCUUGGGUUUCUGUCCGAUCUUUCCAGAAAGCAAAGAAUUCCCCUGCCAUGGACUCAGCGCAACAUGACGAAAGGUCAGAAAAAGGAUCAAAGCAUGAUGAAAACCUUGAAAAAGGGCCACAAAAGCGCGAUGAAAGGUCAGAUAAAGGGUCUGCUUCUCCUGCACAAAGGGCUACUCAAUCUCCAGUAGUUGCACGUUCGGGUCCUUUAUCAAACGUACGAGGUGCACAUCCAUCCUCCCCUUCGUAUUUAACUACUCGAGCCAGUCCACGGAUGCAAAUACAUCCAUUGCCCGAUAAACCUAUUAAACAGGAACGUGGACAAAUUCGUGAUAAAGAGCAUGAGAGAGAGAAGGAACAUGAGAGAGAUCGUGUCAAAGAUAGAAAAGAUAUGCAGAUUGAGCGUGAUAAAGAGAUCAAGAAAGGUGAUCAUCAUGAUAGAGACAAGGAGAUUUCCAAAAAAUUGGAUCAUUAUGAUCGUGAUAAAGAGCGAGAAGAAAGGGAUCGCAAACAAGAAAUUUCACGUAGUGGUGAUGAUAAAAAAGAUCCAUUGAUCCGCAAUAAAGAAAGAUUAAUGAAUGAUGACCCAAAUAAAAGAACCGAUCAUCGUCUUCGUGAUCGUGACGAUAAAAUUAAGGAAAAAGAUCGUGACAAGCGUGAUGACAGACGAGAAGAACGUCGUGAUAAAGCGAAAGAAAAAGAGCGAGACAAAUCCAGGGAACGUGAACGGCUGGAUGAAGAUAGGGAUAGGCGUGAAAGUGAUCGUGGCAAAAGAAAACACGCAGAAGAGCCUACAAUCAGGCGUUCACGUGACAAUAUGAUGGCCCAGAGAUUCGUAAAUCGCGACGGCGAACUUGAACAAAUUCCUUCAAACAAGAGGAGGAGCAUCGAAGGUAUCUCUCCAGUUCUUCGUCCACCCGUUAAACUUAAUCGUGCUAUGGAACAUAACGACUUUAUUGCUCCAAUGCCAGGCAAAUCAAUUG